GGAAAUCUUGUCUGUAGGCAUUGUAUAUACGUUACCAGUCAUAUUUAAAAGUUGAUCAAUAAUAGGUAGAAUCUUACAAUAAUAGGCCGAAUCUUACACCAAAUCUAUAUUGGGUUCGAUACUGGAUUUUUUUAAGAAAAACUGAAAAAAAAGAAAAGAAAGAAAACCGCGGUACAACGGUAAAAUUUGCUGUAACUCGCUGAAAAAUAUAAUGCCUUGGCUGAGCCAAUUCUUGUCUAUGGGCGGUGAGAAAGAGUGAAGAAAGAGUUCUUGUCUGUAGGCAUUGCAUAAGUUUUGGCACCUAUUUCUCAUUUACUUCUAUUUGGAGAAGAAAGAAAAUGAUCUGACAGGUACCGUUAUCAUUUACCCAAGCAUACCCAUUUGGAGGAGGAGGAAAAAAGUAGAAGAAAGAGAAAAGAGUUGGGAAUGGACAAGAGCACAACAGAGGAGGAGGGCUUUGGAAAUUACAGUGGAGGAUACUACAGUGUUGAAAUAGGUGAAUCCUUCAAUAGAGGGCGUUAUGUGGUUCAAUCCAAGCUGGGUUGGGGCACUUUCUCCACUGUUUGGCUUGCCUGGGACACCCAACUCAACAGAUAUGUGGCGCUCAAGAUAACAAAGGGCACAGCUCGUUUUAGAGAAUAUGCCAAUCGUGAGAUUAGAUUCCUCAAAGCAAUAGCCAAAGGUGAUCCAGAGGACAAUGAGUGUGUUGUCAAAUUGCUUGAUAAUUUCAUACACAGUGGACCAAAUGGGCAUCAUGUUUGCUUGGUUCUUGAGCUUUUAGGAGACGAUUUAAGGACUCUUCUGAAGCAUUAUAAUGGGAAGGGCAUUCCAUUGCACAUGGUAAAAGAAAUUUGCUUUCAUGUCUUAAGAGGACUUGACUAUUUGCAUAGGCGACUUUCAAUCAUUCACACAGAUCUCAAACCAGAAAACAUUCUCUUGCUAUCCACCAUUGACCCAAAAAAAUAUCCCAAGAAGAUUGGUAUCCCACUUAAGAAAGAUAAAUCCGCCAUUGCUGCAAGCUCUUCUUCUGUAUCAAGUAUUUGCAUGACAGGAAAUCAGCAGACAAGAUUGAAAGAGAAGGGCAUAUUAGUAGACCAAGAUUGUGGGAAAGCAGCAAAUGAUGAAGAUGAGAAGUUGGGUGUAGAAGCCCAAGGUGUGAAAAAAAAGACAUGGGGCAAUUUCAAGAGCUUGUAUGAUGCCUUGGAUGGAAAACCUUUACAGAGAAAAAGAGCUACUGUCAGCCCUUCUGAGAAGCGGAAAUUAUUGGAAUCUCUUGAUCUUAAGUGCAAGAUAGCUGAUUUGGGUAAUGCUUGUGAGAUCACGAAGCAAUACACAAGUCAUAUUCAAACACUCAAUUACAGGUGUCCAGAGACACUUCUGCAUUCUCCAUACUCUACUCCAGCUGAUAUAUGGUCUGUUGCAUGCAUUGCCUUUGAACUUGCCACAGGUGCUUUCUUGUUUAAUCCUCAGGGGAAGAAUAGUGAAGACAUUGUUGUAGAUCACUUGGGGUUAAUGAUGGAGCUCCUUGGUGUGAUACCCAAGGAAAUUGCUCUGGGUGGCAAGCUUUAUGCCAAAUUUUUCGACGAGAAUGGUAAUCUAAAAGGGUACAGGAGGCUACAAUGUCGACCAUUGAUCAAUGUGCUCCAAGAGAGUUUUGGGUUUUCCGCAAAGGAUGCAGAUGAUUUUAACGAUUUUCUUCUUCUUCUCUUGGAUUUUGAACCGAAAGAUCGACCCACUGCAAUGCAAGCUAUUCUUCACCCCUGGCUUACUGGUGGGCCUCCCCUUCUUCAACCAUCAUCAUCCCAAGAAAAUGAAGAAAUUAUUCCACAAGACAAUACAACAGUUUAAUCAGUAAGAAUGUAAGAGCAUAAAAGAAAAUGUUGUCAUUUAAUGUCAAUCUGUCAAAGAGAUCUUUAGUUAUAUGAGUCUGGAUAAAUCAAGAAAUGUUGUAAGAAUUUGUGAAGCAAGAAGCCAACUAUGGUCUAUGGGAGCAUUGUUAAAUAUUGCCAUGGAUGUAUGGAGUCUCCUGUUACAAUUUUUUUGUAUAUCAUUAUUUUCCAUAUGAUUUAUGAUAUUGACAGUUAAAG